GAUGGCGACAGAUUUCCAGUCGGCCUUAUCGGUAUGGGGGCCAAGGGAUGGCAGCUGUGCUCGCUCUGUCCAUCCAGGUACCUCGUCGGAUCGCAACCCUCGAAACAACGAAGGAGAAAAACGAUCUCACAACCCCCCCGCGUCCGGGACGAACCACGCUCGAUUCCUCAGUCCGCACACAGCCAUGGCGCUGCCACUACUACCACGACCGUUGCUGCGGUACAUCUGCAGCAUCGUGCUGUUCGUCGCCUGCGCCAACGCCCUCAAGUUCGAGCUGCAGGCCCAGUCCGGCCAUGGCUACUACGACAAGCAGCAGCGAUGCAUACGCAACUUUGUCGCUAAGGACACCCUGGUGGUGGUCACCGCCAUCGUCAACGGCCAUAAGGGCGACGGCAUGAUAGUAAACAUGAAUAUCAAGGACGCCGUCGGCAACGAGUACGGCCGCGCAAAGGACAUUGUAGGGGAGCAGAGGACUGUCUUCACGUCGCACGCCGACGCGGCGUUCGACAUUUGCUUCGAGAACGUGCUCGAAGGACACAAAUACGUCGAGAACCCGGUCCGCAGCGUCGAGCUGGACGUGGACAUUGGCGCCGACGCGAAGGACUGGUCGUCCAUCCAGGCCACCGAGAAGCUGAAGCCGGUCGAGACGGAACUGCGCCGCAUCGAGGAGAUGGUGUCUGAGAUCGUGAACGAGAUGGACUACCUGCGCAUACGCGAGCAGAAGCUGCGCGACACUAACGAGAGCACAAACACGCGCGUCAAGUGGUUCGGCAUGCUGACUACCUUCCUGCUCAUUGGCCUGUGGGGCUGGCAGAUCAUGUACCUGCGCGCCUACUUUAGGUCCAAGCAUCUGAUCUAGGGGACGAACGAAACUUGGGGAGCUGUUCGCGUCGGGCAGGACAUGUACCGGAUGGGCGUUGUGUUCCCGAGUGUGCGGAGUUGGCAAGCACAGGACGGCAAGCCCACGAUUCACACGGGUUUUCAGGCGCCUCUGAUUUUCAUCCAGGGGUAUCUCGUGGCCACGCAAGGUACUGUUAUGGUUUUAUAUGUAGCUUGUACACUAUGGGGUAUAAAAAGCGCUUCGGUGUGUUUUUCCAACAUGUCGCACAUUAAACCAGCCCGACGUCGACAUCCACCUAAUGCAAUUCCCGGCCAGGGGUGUUUUGGGGAGAAUAUUCGCAUCACAGCCAUGUUCUCUCACUCAACAACAACAGGUCAUCAUAUUACAGUCGUUUUAUUGGUACAGGUUUAACUAUUAGCCCACUUGCUCCUCGUCGUUUCACUUGUUGGGCCUCUUCUUUUCUCUUCUUUGCAUGUAUCUUCCGAGAACUAAGGCGAUUUGAUAGAAUACACAUACAUAGGCAUAGCAGUUGGCUUUGAGAAGCCUCAACAUUUGGAAUAUUAAAUUAUUCUUCCCGCA